CUUCUUUAGAAAAAUGUCUAUUCAAAUUCUUUGCCUGUUUUUAAAUUGGGUUGUCUUUUUAUUAUUGAGGUGUAAGAGUCCUUUAUAUAUAUUCUGAUACUGGAUCCUUACCAGAUACUGUUUGCAAAUAUUUUCUUCCUUUCUCUGUGGGUUUUCUUGAAGUGUCCUUUGAAGCACUCUUGGGCUACUUGUAACAAAUAUUAAAACACCUUAAAACUAAAUUGGGAUUAUAUAAUUGGUGUCUGAAUUAUACAUUUAAAUUUAAUAAGCAUUGUAAUUUCACAAGAAAACCAUUGUAUCCAGACCACAUUUUGAGGCUUCCAAAGAGUCUUGAGUUCAUUAUGGGAUCUAUCAUAAUGAUAGCUAUCGCUUUUAUAGCAGCUAUGUGCCAAUCACUGUUUGGGCCCUUUGCACAUACUAACUCAGUUUCCACAACAAUCCUAUGAGGUAGAGAUUAAUCAUCAUACUCAUUGUACAAAUAAAAUGGAUGCAGAGGGAGGUUAAGUAAUUUGCCUGAAGCCAGAGAGUAAGUGGCAGAGAUGCGCUCCAGAUUCCGACGCUCUUAACCACCUGAGACUGUCAAGGCGGAAUUAAGCCAUUUCAAAGAAUGCCUGACCCCUCGCUUUGAGGAAAUUACCGUGUUUUUAUGACCUCUGUACUCUGGACAGUUUUCCCUUUGUACCAAGCCAGAAACUAGUGCCACCCUUCCAGUCGUCCUCAUUGCUCUCUUCCUUUCCCGUCGGGCUUCAAGUCCCUCUCUCGUCUCCACCGGUCGGAGGCUUUAGUUUUUGGAAGGACCUGCGAGGUCGCCGGCGUCUCCCAGGUGAAGUUGUUCUAAAUUUCUGACGGCCAAUAGGCGCCGAGGAGCUGCGGUUUCUGCCCAAUGAGGCUCACAGCGGAGCCAUGGGCGGAGCCACUGAAGGGGGCGGGAACGGAGCCCCGCCUCGGUGGUUACUACAGUGUGUGGCGCCGGCUGUCCUGUGCGGAGCCAUGAGCUGGACCUGCCCGCGUUGCCAGCAACCCGUUUUCUUCGCGGAGAAGGUGAGCUCCCUGGGCAAGAACUGGCACCGCUUCUGCCUGAAAUGUGAACGCUGCCACAGCGUCCUGUCCCCAGGAGGGCAUGCAGAGCACAAUGGGAGGCCGUAUUGCCACAAGCCAUGCUAUGGGGCUCUCUUUGGACCCAGGGGGGUGAACAUUGGUGGUGUGGGCUCCUACCUCUACAACCCUCCCACUCCCACCCCAGCCAGCACCACUCCCCUCAGCCCCAGCAGUUUCAGCGCCCCCAGGCCCAGGACUGGCCUCCCCCAGGGCAAGAAAAGCCCUCCCCACAUGAAGACAUUCACUGGGGAGACUUCACUGUGCCCUGGCUGUGAGGAACCUGUCUAUUUUGCUGAGAAGGUGAUGUCUUUGGGCAGAAAUUGGCACCGACCCUGUCUGAGGUGCCAGCGCUGCCGGAAGACCCUGACUGCUGGGAGUCAUGCUGAGCAUGACGGCGUCCCCUACUGCCACAUCCCCUGCUACGGCUACCUGUUUGGCCCCAAAGGUGUGAACAUUGGUGAUGUGGGCUGCUACAUCUAUGACCCCGUGGAGAUAAAAUCCAAAUGAGAUGCUCACAGGAGAGGUCACUCUAACUCAGGCCUCAUACCAUCCCUUCCAUGAUGCAGUGGGAGCUACAGAAUUCUCCAGUCCCACAUGGGGAAGAUGGUCUUCCAGUGGCCUGGGCCUAGGCUCCAUGGUAGACCAGGGAGUCUAGACUUUGCUGAUUCCUCCCUUUCCUGUUCCUAUCUGGUUAGGAGACAUAGGUCACCAUAUUUUAAAGGGUAGCCUCCUGGCCUUCCCAGUCCCUUUCCCUAGCAAAUUCUUUAACUUCAAGGUACUUAAAAAACGUGUUUAUUCUGGCUUCUCCAAUAAAAUGUUGGCUCCCA